UGGAUAGACCGUCAAAAUAUUAUGCUUGCGACUUCAAAUGCUCUUGCUCGCUAAAAUUCGGCUACCUCCAAUACCCAACUACUCACGAGGGUCAUAUCUCGCUUCUAUAAUUCCUUUUAGGAACUUGAAAAUAUUAUAUCAAUUGAAAUUCUCAUAUAAGCAUCAUAUAUUUCAGUGGUCACGCCAAAAAGCCCCUAAAUAGCUUCAAGUGUGAAGCUAGUAGUACCAGCACUUGGACCGGUCAUUAGCAAAUAAGCCUUUUUAAUUAUUCCAUCUUCGCACAGCACGGAAUUUUCCUCUGCGCCAAUAUCUCAAACUUGCAAUCACGACAAUCACAGCCAAAAUGGCAGGAAUGAACCACGGCGAGAACCCAACGACCUCAUUAAUAACAAGAGAGCCGGCACCACAACCAGCGAGCACUCUCCUCGCAUUACCCGCUGAGAUUCGCCAGAUGAUUAUCACUGAUACUUUUCCGCAACAAGAAAGAAUCAAUUACCAUCUCCCCAAGUCCUGCAAAUGCAACAUUUUCGAAUCCUUCGAUCUCGAAACCGAACGCGCCAUCGCAUGCGGUCGACAUAUCGUCACAGCUCAAAAACUGACCAUCGCAUCAGUAGCAAAAUCAUGUCUUCAGAUCUACCAAGACAUGAAAGCCGUAGAGCAUAAAUUCUACUCCCAAAAUACCUUCCACUUCACUAAAUUAUUCCACGCCAUCUUCUGGCUCCAGCACCUUUCCCCGAGGAACGCCUCAUCAGUCCACUCACUGUCAAUCCCUCUUGAAGCAGACACUCUCGAGAACCGAAACUAUAUCCUCACCAACCUGGCUCCUAAUCUCCGUUCUCUCACUAUCGAUAUCUCGAGUCUGAUCCACCCAAAUUUCUUCCUGCGUGAAAACGGCCCGUGGCUAGAUCGAUUCAUCAGCCCUCAUCAAAGAUCCAUCAUGGAAGAAGGUUACGACGAUUGGUCGUUUGUGCUCAGGCUGGGACAGCUGGAGACGUUGAAUCUGACACUCGAGUCUGUCAGGAGGGUGGUGAAGGCGAUUGAGAAUGAACAGAUUAGGACGUUUGAGCCUUUCGGUGAUCCGGGGACAAAUUUCAUGUUGAUAAAUCAUAUUCGUAAACCGAUGGGGAGGGUGGAUAUUUUUGAGUUUAUUAUUUUGAGCCUCUGGAAGAGACGUUUCGAGGCGUUGGUGAAAUUGCCGAGGGAGGAGAGGACUUGGGAGAAGUUUUCGGAAGCGUAGACUGCUUCUCAAAUUAUGAGAGUCGAUAUCAGUGGUGCAAUCUUGCAGCGGACAAUAGAUGACCAUCUCUUCUCUCUUCCAAAUGCAAUGUAAAGUCGAUGUCAUAGGAUAAUGCUCCACGUUUGACUCUGAAGAAAAUAACAAC